GUAUGCUUUAUAAAAACCGUCAGAAUUAAACUAACGAAUAUACAAUAAUGACAAAUUCCAAAUUUUGGUAGAAUAUUGAAUUUGUCUUCGCCGUAGAAGAAAAUGGAACAAGUUGAAAACAAGAAAGCGAAACAUUUUAAUGUUAUUCCGAAAAUUAUAAAUGGCGGUGUUGCCGGUAUUGUUGGAGUGACAUGUGUCUUCCCACUGGAUUUGGUAAAGACGCGACUGCAAAACCAAACAAUAGGUCCCAAUGGAGAGCGCAUGUACACCAGCAUCGCCGACUGUUUCCGGAAGACUAUCGCCGCCGAAGGCUACUUCGGAAUGUAUAGAGGCUCAGCGGUAAACAUCCUGCUGAUUACGCCCGAAAAAGCCAUCAAGUUGACCGCCAACGACUACUUUCGGCACCACCUGGCUACCGAUGAAGGCGUUCUUCCGUUGUCACUGGCGGCGUUAGCCGGCGGCCUGGCCGGUCUCUUCCAGAUCGUGGUCACCACUCCAAUGGAGCUCCUCAAGAUACAAAUGCAGGACGCUGGGCGUUUGGCUGCGGCCGAUCGAGCGGCAGGACGAGAGGUGAAAAAGCUUACGGCCUGGGGACUGACCAAGACGUUAAUUCGUGAGCGUGGCAUCUUCGGCUUGUACAAGGGUGUGGGCGCCACAGGAGUGCGGGACGUCACCUUCUCGAUGGUGUACUUUCCGCUAAUGGCCUAUAUAAAUGACCAAGGGCCACGCAAGUCGGACGGUUCUGGGGAAGCGGUCUUCUACUGGUCUCUGGUAGCGGGACUCCUGUCCGGAAUGGCUUCUGCUUUCAUGGUCACCCCUAUGGAUGUGGUCAAGACUCGUCUGCAGGGCGAUAGCGAGAAGAAGUUCAACGGCAUAGUGGACUGUAUAAAUAGGACCCUUAAGGAAGAGGGCGUAAAGGCAUUCUUUAAGGGCGGACUAUGUCGGGUGAUGGUGCUGGCGCCACUAUUUGGGAUCGCGCAAAUGUUUUACUUUUUGGGUGUGGGCGAAAUGAUUCUGGGCAUUGAGCAAAAGAAAUCUGUUUAAAUUGAAGUGAAGAACUCUUCGCCCACAUUGAGUUCCAUCAGUUAUCAUGUUGACUAAUGUAAAAUAGUACCGCCCGGUAUUACGCAAACUAUUGUCGCAGUUUUAAAGCAAUCUGACUGAAACUUA